CCGCGUGUGCGUUCGAGUCUGACCAAUAAUAUCACGCGUGUGUGCAUCGCUCGCCUCUGGGCCACACCUUUGUUCUUCCGCAGCAGCUUUGGCACAGGAACGCUUCGACUGGACCUGCUACUGCGGACAGGACGUUGUUUUUGUGCAAAUAAUCAAGAUGGCGAACCAGUAUGUGACCAAGAUUGAACUCUCCGUAUCCUGCAAAAACCUUCUAGACAAAGAUAUUGGAUCAAAAUCGGACCCACUAUGUAUUCUGCAGCAGAGUGUUGGGACUGACCAAUGGACAGAGGUGGACCGCACAGAGAAAGUGAAGAACUGCCAGGACCCAGAGUUUUCUAAAAGACUGUGCAUCGAUUACUCUUUUGAGAAGGUGCAAAAAAUUAAGCUGUUGGUCUACGACAUUGACAACAAAUCUGUUGAUCUAAAAGAUGAUGACUUCUUGGGAGGUUUUGAGUGUACCCUUGGCCAGAUUGUGUCAAGUAAGAAGAUUACCAAUCCCCUAAUGCUCAAACCAGGCAAACCAGCAGGCAAAGGCACAAUAACGGUUGUCGCAGACGAAGUGAAGGAUAAUCGAGCCAUUGUGCUGGAAGCUGAAGCCAGAAACCUGGACAAGAAGGAUCUGUUUGGCAAAUCUGAUCCUUUCCUGGAGUUCUUUAAGCAAGCUGAUGAUGGCACAUGGCAGCUAGUCCACAGGACUGAGGUCAUUAAGAAUAAUUUGAACCCAUCUUGGAAAAAAUUCACAGUUUCUUUACAUACAUUCUGCAGCGGAGACCUGAACAAGCCAAUUAAGGUCCACUGCUUUGAUUAUGAUAAUGAUGGCACACAUGAUCUCAUUGGCGUUUUUCAAACUAAAGUGGCCGAGCUUCUGAAAGUAGACAGUGGAUCUGCGGUGGAGUUUGAAUGUAUUCAUCCGGAGAAGCAGAAGAAGAAAAAGAGCUACAAGAAUUCCGGCGUUGUCCGUUUCAAAUACUGCAAGAUAGAGACACAGUACUCAUUCAUUGACUAUGUGAUGGGGGGUUGCCAGAUUAAUUUCACGGUAGGUAUUGACUUUACCGGCUCUAACGGAGACCCUCGCUCAGCGGAUUCGCUUCACUACCUCAGUUCUAAUGGGGUGAACCAGUAUCUUGAUGCAAUCUGGUCUGUGGGCCUCGUGAUCCAGGAUUAUGACGUAGAUAAAUUGUUUCCUGCUUUUGGGUUUGGUGCUCAGGUGCCUCCAAAUUUUGAGGUGUCACACGAGUUUCCUCUAAAUUUUAAUCCCAGUAACCCUUACUGCAAAGGAGUGGAGGGCAUCAUACAGGCAUAUCGCAGUGUUCUCCCACAGCUGCGUCUGUACGGCCCAACUAACUUUUCUCCCAUUAUCAAUCAUGUGGCUCGUAUCGCUGCAACAGCAGCUCAGCAGCCAAAUGCAGGGCAAUAUUUUGUUCUAUUAAUCAUAACUGAUGGAGAGAUUACAGAUCUGGACCAGACAAAGCAGGCAAUCGUGAACAGCUCCAAGCUCCCCAUGUCCAUCAUUAUUGUGGGUGUUGGUGAGGCAGACUUUAAGGCCAUGGAAGUACUAGAUGGAGAUAAUGGUGUCCUUAAAUCUCCCAGUGGAGAACCAGCGACAAGAGAUAUAGUACAGUUUGUGCCUCUCAGACAAUUUGCCAAGGGCCCGAAAGAAGCUUUGGCCCAAAGCGUUCUUGCUGAAGUGCCUAAUCAGUUGGUGUCCUACUUCAGGAUGAGGAACCUGAGCCCUGUCAAUCCUCCUGCUCCUAGAAAAUAGAAGCAGAUGUAUGUAGGAUCAGGAGGACCACCAGGUUCAGGGGAGAAAUCAUUAUAAAGAAUAUAUGCAGUGGUUUAUGUAAUGAAUACAAUGAAUGGCACAGUAGCCUUCAUUAGCCAUAUUUUCUGUUAACCUUUUCUAUUAUUUCAUUGUAUUUACACUUUCCCGUUAAACUUUCUUCAAAUGUCACAGCGAUCAUCAGUGGUGGUUUUUGAGUUCUGAAUUAUAGACUUGGAAAUGGAUUAUUGGAUCCUUCUCUAUUUUGUUCAUGCAAAACAUCGUUAUGUGUUUUAAAUCUGUUUGGUCUGUUUGUUCUUCCAUCUUUUUGGUGAACUUCAUGGCUCUUCUGGAUGUGUCAAAUUUUUGGAUCCACAUCUGACUUCACAGUGCAGAUGCCUUCAGCAUUCCAGCUUCAAGACAUUUUAAAGUGUAUAGGUUAACUGCUCAGUAUAUCAUACACGUGUAAUUGCAGCUUCAACAUUUCUAGGAUGUUCAUUGUGAAAAGCAGUUGGUACCUUCCCCACAUGCUGCACUGCUCAACAAAUGCAUAAGGGAGCAAGAAUGUAUUGCUGGAAUUUCUAUUGAUUUUUAUACAGUACCCUGCUUAAUGUCAGUUUUCACAGCUAAAUGCAGUGUGGUGUAGAAUACUUUUUUUAUAUAGUACUUAAUUUUCAAGAACCAAUUUAAAUUAGUCACAUUUGUGGCAUGACAAAUUAAUCUUAUUUAACAUAAAGUAUGUUAGUCAUUUUCAGAAUGUAAUAUAGCUGUAGGAUUGCCUACAGAUAUAGGACUCUUGGAUGCUGGCCUAAAACUAAUGCUUUUUUCAGUUCAUUUAUAGCAUUUAUGUUAAAUGUUUAUCAUGUUUAACAACCAAUUUCAAUGUGUAGUGAAAUCAGAGCUUUAUAAAAAAAAUUUUAUUGUAGUAAUGCUCUUCAUUUGACAAAUAUAAAUGCCAACUUUUAAACAUUUGUUGCAAUUCUAAAUCACUAUAGAUUCUGACAGAUUAUUUAAGUUUUUAAAGAAGUACCCUGUUUAGCUGCCUAAAGCAAAAUGUGUAUAAAUACCAGCUGCUUGUAUAGCUUAAGUUCUGCACUUUCCUUAAAUAAUUACCAGAACUGAAACAUCAGCACUGUGUCAGUCAGUAUACUAGUGCCAAUCCGUAUAUGCAAAUGUUUGCACCUUUACAUGCCUUAAUCAAAUUGUUAGAUAUAUUACACACAAUAUAGUUGAACUUUUACAAGAUACUAUACUAAUAAUGCUUGUUUGGUAGAUGCCUGAAAUAGCAGUUGCUAGAGGAGGUCCUUUUUGCCGAUAGUGUCUUUCUCUUAAGGC